GGCGCUUGGCAGGCUCUCUCUCCUGCCCUCCCCACGUCCCUCUCCCGUCUCCCACGGCCCAUCUGCCCCUCCCUUCCUCCAGCCCCCUCUCCGCUCUGCUCCCCUUUAUUUCCACUCCCCACCCGCGGGGCUCUGCCCUCCCUCCCUCUCUCUUCCCCUCCGCUCGGCUGUAUUUGGAGCUCCCGGAAGCCGCCGGCGACUCUCCCCGGGAGCAGCGUGACUGACACCGGCUCCGCUUCGGGGGGGAGGAGGGCGCGGGAGGAGGGUGCGAGUGGCCGGACUCGGAUUUGCGCCGCCGGGGACCCGACCUCGGGGCUCCCAGCAGAAUGGCAGAGAUGCAAGGACUGAUGGAGAGGCUGGAACGGGUGGUCGGCCGACUGGAGUCGCUGUCUGCAGAGUCACACCGGCCUCCUGGGGACUGUGAGGGACUUAAUGGUGUCAGUAGAGGUGUGGCACCCUCCGUGGAAGCCUUUGAUAAGCUGAUGAACAGCAUGGUGGCGGAGUUUUUACAGAAGAGUAGGAUCCUUGCUGGCGAUGUGGAGACUCACGCGGAAAUGGUGCAUAGUGCUUUCCAGGCCCAGCGGGCUUUCCUUCUGAUGGCCUCUCAGUACCAACAACCCCAAGAGAAUGAUGUCGCUGCGCUUCUGAAACCAAUCUCAGAAAAGAUCCAGGAAAUCCAAACUUUCAGAGAGAGAAACCGGGGGAGUAAAAUGUUUAAUCAUCUGUCGGCCGUCAGCGAAAGCAUCCCUGCCCUUGGGUGGAUAGCUGUGUCCCCCAAACCUGGUCCUUAUGUCAAGGAGAUGAAUGAGGCUGCCACCUUUUACACUAACAGAGUCUUAAAGGACUACAAACACAGCGAUUUACGCCAUGUGGAUUGGGUGAAGUCCUAUUUGAACAUAUGGAGUGCUCUGCAAGCAUACAUCAAGGAACACCAUACCACCGGCCUGACUUGGAGCAAAACUGGGCCAGUAGCAUCAACCGCAUCAGCAUCGUCUGUCCUGUCCCCUGGGCCUGGCCUUCCUCCGCCCCCUCCCCCACCCCCUCCUCCAGGGCCACCUCCACUUUUUGAGAAUGAAGACAGAAGAGAGGAGCCCUCCCCUUCACGCUCAGCUCUAUUUGCCCAACUUAACCAAGGGGAAGGAAUUACGAAAGGGCUCCGGCACGUCACAGAUGACCAGAAGACAUACAAGAAUCCCAGCCUACGGACUCAAGGAGGACAAACUCCAUCUCCUACCAAAAGCCUCUCUCCAGGCUCCAGGGACCCCCCAUCUCAUCCUCCUCAGAAACAUGCUCCCGUGUUCGAGUUGGAAGGAAAGAAAUGGAGAGUCGAGUAUCAAGAGGACAGGCAUGACCUUGUGAUUUCGGAGACCGAACUGAAACAAGUGGCUUACAUUUUCAGCUGCAACAAGUCCACUCUACAGAUGAAAGGAAAAAUAAAUUCCAUUACAAUCGACAACUGUAAGAAGUUUGGCCUUGUGUUUGACAACGUGGUAGGCAUUGUGGAAGUGAUCAAUUCCAAGGAUAUUCAAAUGCAGGUCAUGGGGAAAGUGCCAACGAUUUCCAUUAAUAAGACGGAAGGUUGCCACAUCUACCUCAGUGAAGAUGCACUGGACUGUGAGAUCGUGAGUGCCAAAUCAUCUGAAAUGAAUGUCCUGAUUCCUCAGGAUGGUGAUUAUAGAGAAUUUCCUGUUCCAGAACAGUUCAAGACAGCCUGGGAUGGAUCCAAGUUGGUCACGGAACCUGCAGAAAUUAUGGGCUAACCUCCAGAGAGACUGAGCCCCCUGACCUGAACCCAUCAAAAAAAGAAACAAGCAAAACAAAAAAAAACAAAAAAACAAGCAGCAUUGAAGACCUAGAAGUCGCAGGAACACCUACUGCUUUAGUUUUGGCUUCCAGCAGUUCUGUGUUCUAGAAACAGCAUCAUUUCUGGCAUGCCUUCGUGGGCAUUUUGAAGUAUUUACUGUUUCUUCAUGAUUUGCCUUUGUAUGUAAUUUGAGUUCCACAUGAUGACUAGUGAGCAUUACACAUUUUAAGGGGGAGGGGAGAAUUCUGUCCCCCUAAUAUCAUGAACACAGUAGCUGAUAGGUAAAAAUACUGCAUGAUUCAAUUUGACACUUCAGUUUAAUUGCUAGUUGGAAAAUAAAACCUUUGAGAAUCUAAGAUGUACAUUUUUACCCUUGAGACAGUUUCAGUGUGAUGCAGUAGUAAUAUGCUCUGAAAAGUUUUGACCUUUGUUCCCUCGUUUUUACCAAAUGUUCACCUUUGUCAGCGUGGAUACAUUGUCAGCAUGAUACAUAUUUCAAGGCACUUUUUUUUUUUU